GGAUCAUCAGCAGUAACAGUGCUUGUGACUCACUAAGGAAUAGCUGGGAUCAAAAUCAUCAUCUCCUUUUUCUAGAAAUGCAGAGAGCUUUUGUUGGGGCAGAAAUGAAGAACGGAUCAUGAGACAGAAAUAUCUAAUGCUACUAUGGCAUCGACAAAUGAAACAGUAGCAGCAGUAUUCAUCUUAAUUGGAUUAUCUGACCAGCCUAGAGCCCAGGUUAUCUUCUUUUGCUUCCUGAUGAUGGCAUACCUCAUUAGUUUUGUUGGCAAUGGUCUCAUCAUCACAUUAAUUAUUAUGGACUCCCAGCUUCAUACUCCUAUGUAUUUUUUUAUUUGUGUCCUCUCCUUGAUAGACUUCAUUCUCAUCAACAAUGUAGUUCCCGAGGUUCUCAUCAACUGCUUCAUUUACAGGGCCACUAUUACAUUCUCCAGAUGUUUGUCUCAAAUGUAUCUGGGUCUGCUGCUUGUUUCAACAGAGUGUGUUCUCCUUGCAGUCAUGGCAUAUGAUCGCUUUGCAGCUAUAUGCCAGCCCUUGCAUUAUGUGCAGGUCAUGAGUUGGCGAUUAUGCAGUUCCCUGGUAGCAAUAUCUGUGACCCUUGCUUUCAUGUUUACCUUGAUCAAUGGGCUUUUGCAGCCCACUGACUUCUGUGGCCAUCGCAUAAUCAACCAUUUUGUCUGUGAACUACAAUCUUUUGUCAAACUGGGUUGUUCCAAUUCACAUAUCAGUGAGAUCUUGAUGAAUGUUUCCAGCCUCUUUCUCUUAAUCCCUCCCUUUGGCUUCAUAGUUGUGACAUAUGGUCGCAUAGGCCGGGCUGUAAUGCACCUUCGCUCAAGUCAGGGUUACAAAAAGGCCUUUUCCACUUGUAGCUCACACCUUGCUGUUGUCAGUGUCUUUUACGGGACAAUCAUCAUAAUGUACAUGGUUCCAGAAAGAGAAUCAGUUUCUGACAAGGGAAAGAUCCUAUCUAUAGUCUAUGGAGCUCUGACUCCUAUGCUGAAUCCUGUAAUUUACAGCCUGAGAAACAGGGAUGUGAAGGGAGCUUUUUGGAAACUGGUUGGAAAAAAGAUAUCAGAUUAAAUCAGUGUUCAUCUCUGAGUAUUAUCCAGAGGCACCUGUAGCUGGCAGUUAUUCAUAACUAUUUAUUGUAGAUAGUAAAAAUUAGCUUUUCCCCAUUAUCACUGAAUGAUAUUUCAACCGUGGUACAAUACCCUACACAGAACUCAUAUCUGGCUGAAAACAGUGAAAUCUCCCCUCUCAAAAAUCUCCCCAUUUUUGUAGUUGAGAGUGGGAUCUUCUGCCUAUUUACUGUAUAUAUAGUAGCUUGCUCUACCAGUUUUGGUUGGGAUUUGGUUUCUUUCUUGGUGAUUCCUUGAUUAAAGCAUUGUAAAUCUAAUGAAGUUCCAGACAGUACCUGUUUUGACAUCUGAUGCACCAUUUAAACAAUUAUGGAAUUAUAUAUCUAAAUUUGUGUGGCAGGGGAAACCCCCCCCCCCGCAAAUUAAAUAUAAGGUGCUACAAGAUGCAAAGAAAAGAGGAGGAUUAGGUUUAGCUGAUUUGUUGCUGUAUUUUGCUGUUUGGUUUGGAUGAGAGAUAUUGCUGAGAAAUAGAAUGUUUGUAAAGUAAGAGUGACGUGACCUGAAAUGUGAGCGACAUGGAUAUUUGUUAUACAACAAAGUCAAAGUUAAUGUGGAUUUUAAAAAAUAUUCUAUUAGACGCGCCAUAUUGAGAAUAUGGACUACAUAGAAUUCCAGGUUGUGCCCGAAAACCUCUAUGUGGUUCUCAGCACAAGAAGCAUUUUAUAAAUGAGAGAUAAUAAGCAAACACAAAUGGCUGCUUUAUGGAAGUUAGAGGGUAGAGGCCUACCAAACUUCAGAGGGAAGAGUGCUCCAUAUGGCAGGGCCUGCCAUGGAAAAAGAAUACUUUCUAGAUUCAAUAAUGUGUUAAUCCUUAAGGACUAGGAAUGUGCCUAGCUAUCUAACCUGGUAGGAGAGAUGGGAAAUCUCCUUAGUGGAAAAUGGUCCUUCAGAAAACCUGGCCCUGUGCCAUAUUAGGCUUUAAAAGUGAUAAUCUGGAAGGAAAUAGGAAGCCUGUACAGCUUGUGCAACCUAGGGGCCCCCAUCACUAUGCACAUUACAUCAUUCUUAUAUACUUUACAUUGUCAUACUUGGUGGCCUAAGUGAUACUAUUGCUGCCCUCUCAUGGUCCUGGAAGCUGUGAAGGUUUGGAUGGCUUUGACUGAACCCUGGUAAGAUCAAAUGGCUUUGAAUGUGUGGAGGUUUGGGACCAGGAACUUUAGCAUCUUUAGGUCUAGAUUGGGUUAUACUGUCCCAGCCAGACCCAGUGUGCAAUUUGAGAGUUCUCCUGGACUUGUGAUUCCUGCUCAAAGAACAGGUGGCAGUCAUGGCUAGGGGACCCUUUGCACAACCAUGUGCUGCAUGCCAGUUGUGUCCUUUCCUGGAUCGGGAGUCCCUGCACUCAAUCAGUCAAGCCCUGAUCAUCUCAUGCUUGGCCUAUUGUAACAAAUAUUGAAGAACAUUUGGAAACUAUAGCUGGUAGUUCCUGGGUCCCCUAGGUGGCCCAUGUUACACCACUGUUCUGCGUGCUGCGCUGGUUUCCAGUUUGCUUAUAGAUCCAAUUCAAGAUGUUGGUUAUCACCUUAAAGCCCUUCAUGGCAUGGAACCAAGUUACCUGAGGAACCACUCGUCACAAGGGGAUCGGCCCGCUACAACUUCACUGGCAGAAGGGACAUGCUGAAGACCCCAUCAGUCAAUAAAUUCCAGGAAGUGGGCUUCAGGAGAAGAGUCUUUCUGCAGUGGCGAAUAUUGUGGCCUUGAGGUGAGAUCCGCACUCACUCUUUUGGCUUUCUGAAAGGGCCUGAAGACCUCACUCUGACAAUCCAGUGGAGCAUAUCUUCCUGGAGGUGGUUAAUAGACUAAAAUAACAUCCCACCUGCUCCCUGUGUGCAACUUGAUCCUUACCAUCUUGUCAAUUUUAAACCAAUUUUAGUGUUAAUAUUGUUUUAAAGUUUCAAGGAUUUAUUUCUUUUUUAUGUCUGUAGGCCACUUAGAGUUGCCACUAGGCAAGAUAGGUGGUGUUAUGUCCUGGGCCUUUGAUUGAUAGAGCAGGUGCAGGAAGCUGCAGAGAGACCCGGGCAGACCACGUGGCUGCCCGGCCAGACAGGCUGUCUCCAGCCUAUUGCUCACGGGCAAAGCAGAAAAAAUACUUUGCAUUUAUUGGCUGACGCUGUUCCCUGCAAAAGGGUAUAAAAGGGAUCUGCACCAUUUUGUGUUGUUCUACUGAAGCUUGAAUAAAGA